ACAAAACUAUCCGUAUGUUGUAAAAAACUAAUUCAAUUUUUAUUAUUUUCAAGAAAGAAAACCAUGCUACGUGCUGCAAAAUUUUAGCAGUGGGUCAAUUCCUUUGACUAUGCGACUCGCAUUGUAAACCCUGCCUUAAGAUACAGAAUUGAUACUUCGGUGUGGCAGACAUAUUUGUACAAGAUGUAAACAUCAGGCUACGCGAAACGGGAUGAUCGGAAUAGGUUAGAAACGCUCGUAAAAUUGCAGACCAACGCGUCGCUUUACGGCGCGCAUUAUUAGCCGAAGAAGCGCAUUAGCAUGACACAAAUAUUGUUGACAUCCUCGAGGAUUUAUUGGCUCCAACUGGCGAACAACCUCUUCUUCUCGAGGAAGAGAAAUCGACGCGCAGGAAAGUUUAAUACGUGGCUCUCUAUGUAACCUGUACGUUUGCUUCUAAGAGGUGUAUCCGGUCUUUAAUUACGCUGCUCGGAGCUUCGCUCGGACGUCGAGAUGCCUACGGUGAUCGCCCUGGACGUCUCCCUCUCAAUGAGGAGGCCCGUGCUGACGAGCGGGACGAGUGACAGCUUGCAGAACGAACCGUUGACGCGGCACCACUUGGCGGUGCACGGUAUAAAUGCUCUGUUGCAUUACUUGCAGGUCAACUCGAAGCUAGAAUUUGUGUCGUUGAUUGUAUUCUCGUCGUUGUACGAGAUAGUCUGCCCGUUCACUCGCGACUACGACAGCAUACGCGCCAAGCUGCAGACCAUCGAGGAGUGGGACAAGACGUUCGUCGAAGGAGCGUUGCACGGAGUUAACAAUGUGAUCAUGGCGGAAUGGGGCAACGCCACGGCCUGCCAAGUGAUAUUAAUUACGGACGGUAAUCCGGGCGUGGGGUCAAUGUCCCUGGGCAAUUCCCUGAGUUCUAUGAACAUCUCGCAAGACGUGAAUCCAUUCCCGCUGCCUUUCCCGUACCCAGGACAAUUAAGUGUAGUCUGCAUUGGGCCGCAGCAGGACCCCAGUUUGCAAAUCGGCCUGCCUCUCUAUCAACGUUUGGUCGAUUUAGCUGGUGGCGAAAGUAUCGUACUAGUUCCUGAGGCACCGCUUAGCAAAUACUCGGUUGCGGCUUGCUUCCAGAAGUUAGCCGAGGCGAAUUACGUUUCCUUUCAGGGAUAUUUGAAGUGUGGCCAUUUAGGCUCCCGUAUUUUAUUGUCACCAGCGCCUAUGCCUUACACGAAGAAGACGGAUUUCGAAUUAGCCCCGGGCCUGGCGAUAUCGAAGAGUAUAGAAAUAUGUGGAUUUAUAUCUGUAGGGGACGUCGGCAGCCCAAGCUCCAUUUCUAGGCACUUGAUGUUGCCGUUGGCGACAGAGAAAAACUCAAGUAUGCAAGGGAUAUCGUUGGAGGAGGAUUCGGAUACCGAUGAGAACGGAGACGAGGGAAAAAUGCCGUCCUUUUGCGUAUUGCUUCACGGCGCGCUGAAGGUGGAAAAUAUGGCAGCCCUCUGUAUGCUGAACAACGAAUGGUAUGGAUUUAUAUACUCUUGGGCGGAUACCAAGAAGAAAUCUAACUUAAUGCUGACGGUAUUGGAGCCGGGAUCCGACAUUGUACCGUGGUUAGGCAAUUUCAACAAUUUAGGUCCAUUAGACACGGUCAAAAAUUCUCCAGUUAGCUUCCCAGUUAGACCGGCUGAAAAGAGAAGCUACACGCAAAAUGCCCCUUCGUGGAUUCGCCAAGUCGGUUUGCAAUCCGACAUUCAAAAAAUAUUGAGACACGCAAGAAAAUUGCCCGACAAGACCCAAAACUUUUACAAGGAGGUGAAUAGAUUACGACGUGCAGCGGCGUCAAUAGGAUUCAUCGAGUUGCUAGAAGGAUUAGCGUGCAUCUUGGAGCGAGAGUGCACAUUGCUGCCGCCGAAUCUAAAUCCCGACUGUACGAUCCAAAUGGGACACGUCGCGUCGAUGAUCAGAAAGUCGGAGUUUCACGAGCUUAGGUAUAACAUUCCGCCCGCGCGGACAAAAUUUCAACCUGGAUCAUGAGUUGCGACGGACAGUAAUCAAAGUGCUGUUACAUUUGUAUCGGAGUUGGACGUUUAUACGGCAAAAAUAAAACUUGUAUUUGUUAUAAUCGUA